UCACGACAUGCCUCGCUGUUCGCUUGCCGCUUGCUGAAACCUGGAGCACUGCACAAUAAUGGUCAUCGACCUCGGUAUCCUGUGAUUCUGUCUGCUUCAUCACUGCAACGAUUAGCUUCUCCUGCACUCGGCAAAAUGGUGGCGAAGUCAUUGGAGGAACUACAGUACGAGCUUCUGUCAGCGCCACACUAUCAUGCACACAACAAACGCCUCAUUUCUGCACGAAACACCAACGCUCCGACAUGCGACACCACGAUCGAGGAAAAAGUCCUGUUUCCUAGCUACUCCACAGACAUUGGUCCCAUCUCCACCGACAACAUUCUAGCCGUUCUCCGAGACCAGCUAUGCAACAACACAGCAUGCAACGCGCCGAUCGGCAUCAAGUCUGGUGCCAUGGUCGUUGCCAAAGAUGACGAAUACAGCAAAUGUGAAAUCUCGAUCGGCUUGACAGAUGGCGUGGAAGCAUAUGCAUACCGGCAAGGCAGCCCCGAGGGACAUGCCAAAGACGAAUGCACACAGAGCUUCAACAGCAUGAUCCAAAUCAUCCAGGGUCAAGUAAAAGAAUGCUAUCUUGUCGGAUCCCAACAAAACCACGUCUACCAAGCCGGUUUCCGCGCCUUAAACGCCCACAACGCCAGCGCCCUGCACAUCUCCCAGGGCAAAAUCAUCCAAGACACCCUCGCGUCAGACACCAAAGUGCCAGAAAGCAACUCAACCUCACAAUACCACGACUCCGUCUUCAACGAGAAAAGUUCCCCCGACUCCAAAACUCCCAUCUAUGUCGGCUCCGUCAUAGGCGUCAUCGCCUUAAUCGUCAUCACCGUCACAAGCGUCUGCUGCUACAGAAAGAAGAAAGCCAAGAAGAACAAGCGCCGCCAGAGAAGCGGCAGUCAAGGUAAGAAGAAGAGAGCGACGAAUAUGAGUAGUACUCUUGUCGGUUCGGAGUCGGGAAGGAGUUGGAGGGCUGCUGAACAGGUCUGAAUUGUAUCCUUCUUCUCCCUUCAGUCUUCUGAAUAUAUACAGAUUUGGUUUUGUUUUUUUUUCUCUGUAUUUCAGGCGAGGCAUUUGUGUUGUGGUGGCGUUGGUUAGGGUUUAUUAUAUCCGCUGAUGUUUUAUUUUUCUCGUCAGCAGGUGCCGGCGGCGUUGAGCUUUCGGGUUCGCGAAUUCGGCGGAUCGAGGCUUGGAUUCAUACCAAUACGGCCACUAGCAACAGCAUGACGAGGAGUAGAUAGAGUAUAAGUUCUGCUGG